GCUGAAAAGAAGUUCAUUGUUAGUAUGAAUGCAAGUGUUUGUUUAGAAGAAGGAAAAGCAUGUGACAUAACUUUAAUGAUUGUCGAGGACCUGUAUCUUCCAAAAAUUGCUUGUGAUUGGAGUAUCAGUUUAAACAAUUUCUCAGCAUCAGAUUUCUUAGCCAAGCAAGGACUUUCUCUCCAAAACCAAUUGACAGACAUUGUAGUGAAGCAGAUUUUAGAGAGACUUGGUAUAGCUGAAUACCUACAAGAUCCACAGUGUGACAUCGACAGUCAAAUGUACCAAUCACUACCAGGAGAUCCUGUGGGUUGGAGAGAUGAAUGUAUUGGAGGAUUAGGAAACCUAACAGCACUGACUCCAUUAUCUCUAGCCACACCAAAGGGAUACGUCGCAUCACGCUGUACUUACAUCGACUUCUGUUUAGAUAUACCACUACUGAGGAAGUCAUUGCAUGCUUACUUUGACCUCAAUAUGUGUGAAAGGUCAUUCAAGAUUGGUAUAGAAAAGCUUGUCAUUGAUUUGGACUUCCUGACCUACGCCUGGGGAACAGAUAUUUUGGCAUAG